GUUUUAAAAUGGAAAAUUUUGAUGCAUCACGUAGUACCUAUUUCAAGGCAUUGCUAGGCCCCCGAGAUACCAGAGUAAAAGGAUGGUUUCUUCUGGACAAUUAUAUACCUACUUUUAUCUGCUCUGUCAUAUACUUACUAAUUGUAUGGCUGGGACCAAAAUACAUGAAGAAUAGGCAGCCGUUCUCUUGCCGGAGAAUUUUAGUGGUCUAUAACCUUGGCCUCACAUUGCUGUCUCUCUAUAUGUUCUGUGAGGUAGGAAGGGUGCAACCCAGACAGUCUUCCCCUCUCUCCUCACACCCAACAAAAGAACAAGGAUUACCUUCCAGUAGAUUAGUGACAGGAGUAUGGGAAAACAGCUACAACUUCUUCUGUCAAGGCACUCACAGUGCGGGAGAAGCAGAUAUGAAGAUUAUCCGCGUCCUCUGGUGGUACUAUUUCUCCAAGCUCAUUGAAUUCAUGGACACCUUCUUCUUCAUCUUACGGAAGAACAACCACCAGAUCACAGUCCUGCACGUCUACCACCACGCCACCAUGCUGAACAUCUGGUGGUUUGUGAUGAACUGGGUCCCCUGUGGCCACUCGUAUUUUGGCGCCACCCUUAACAGCUUCAUCCAUGUCCUCAUGUACUCAUACUACGGUCUGUCAUCUGUGCCCUCCAUGCGCCCGUACCUCUGGUGGAAGAGAUACAUCACUCAGGGGCAGCUGCUGCAGUUUGUGCUGACAAUCAUCCAGACCAGCUGCGGGGUCAUCUGGUCGUGUACGUUCCCUCUUGGGUGGCUGUACUUCCAGAUUGGAUACAUGAUCUCUCUGAUCACGCUCUUCACAAACUUCUACAUUCAGACUUACAAGAAGGGGGCCUCGCGGAGGAAAGAGCACCUGAAGGACCACCAGAACGGGUCCGUGGCUGCCGUGAACGGACACACCAACAGCUUUUCUUCCCUGGAAAACAAUGUGAAGCCGAGGAAGCAACGGAAGGAUUGAAGCGGAAGAGUUGAGAAGCCUCCAAAACCCAUCGUCUGAUUGUAAGCACAGCUUGAGCUGUGCCCGAUGCUUGUUAACAGCUGCUGUAACUCGUCCUGCCUACAACAGCGUGAUUCAUGUAGGACCUCCUUCAUCGUUCAAAACCCCUUGAAAAUGUAUACAGAUUAUACGUAGGCAUAAGAUUUAACAUUUCUGGGCUCUCACCGACCCCUGCGCUAGACUGUGGAGGGCGUAUUAUUGUAGUAUACGACACUGCUGUUGCCUUAUUAGUUAUAACAUGAUAGGUGCUGAAUUGUGAUUCACAAUUUAAAAACACUGUAAUCCAAACUUUUUUUUUUUUUUUACUGUAGAUCAUGCAUGUGAUUGUAAAUUUGUACAAUGUUGUUACAGUAGAGAAACACACAUGCCUUAAAACUUAAAAAGCAGGGCCCAAAGCUUAUUAAUUUAAAUUAGGAUAUGUUUCAAGUUUUUAUUCAUUUUUUAAUAGCUCUGUUUAGGAAAAAAAUCAAAGACUGUAAUUUAUGAAACUAGCGUGUGACACAUAAUUUCAAGUGACUUGUACAUGUGAAAUCAGAAACGGCACCUUCAGUUUUGUAAUAUUGGCUUUAAAUCAGGCAGGCUCAAAUCUAGUGGAAGGUCAGUUUAACUUUUUAACAGAUCUUAUUUUUUUAUUUUGAGUGCCACUAUUGAUAAUGUAAAAAAUGGGGGGGGGGCUCUAAAGGAGUCUUGAUGAAACCUAAAUAUAUAUUCUUUGUCUUCAGGAUUUUAGAAAGUAUGUAGGAUGAGUAGGACAUUUAAAAUUUCUGAAAUGCUAAGUGUUUUUAUACAGGAAACAGUGCCCACUUUGCUUUCCACUUGUGAGAGAGAGGGUGUGUACUUUUCAGAAGAGAUCAUUGAAUACCAUUUGACAGAAUCCCAUAGAUGAGCAUUGGGGAACUGGUUGCCAGGGUCCAAAUUUGGAUUGGUUUCUGUACUGCUGUCUGUUUUGACACAAACUUCUUUUAAAAUGUGCCUAGCUUAUAAAAAUGAAUAAAGGGGGAAAAGGGGACCUUAAAAAAAUUUUAAGGUAAAAUUAAACAGAUAGCUACUACAUAAGAGAACUGGGAAAUGGGGUAGAGAGAAUUUGUUUCAUGUAAAUCUAAUAGUACCUGUAAUUUUCUUUUUCUGCUUAGAAUCUAAAGAUUUGUGUAGAACUGCUUAUUUAAAAAUGAGACUGCUUAUCAUAAAAUCGUGUCUGUCACCCUUGAGGCAGUGGUCAAACAGAUAAGGACUAUUGUGCGUGUCAUUUUAAAGUGUUGAAAUUUAGUCUCUGAAUACCUUCUUUGUGGGGAGAAAAAACAGUCAUUGAACCACUCGUGAUACAUUUUAGAAGGUCAUCGACAAUGUAUAAACUAAUUGUUGGUUUGGUAUUUAUGUAAAUAUCAGUUUAUCAUGCUUUAAUUUUGCACAUUCAUAUUAUAUAGGGAGCCGAUUGGUUCUCUUAUUAGUCUUGUGGGUUUUCUGUUUGGAAGGAGUCACAGCAUCUGUUUACAUUUACCUUAUCAAAUCUAGAAUGUGUAUAUUUGUAAAUGUUAUGUCUUCCUAGGUACUAGUUUGCAAAUGUCUUUACAUAUUUCAAUACAGAAACUAUAACAUUCAAUAGUGUGCUGUCAACGUGUGCUUUAGCUCAUCUGGAUAUACCCACACUGUUAAAUAAUGUCUAAACAUUAAUCAUUAAAACUUUUUUGAUUACCUGUG